UGAAGGAAAACAAUAAAAAAUUCAUAAAACAAACUAGCGUUAGGGAUUUCCACUAAAGUUAGCAGUGAGAUUGAAAAAUUAAAUUCCCGCUGAGUUAGUAGCAGUGGAGGGAAAAAAGUAAAGGAGAACAAACAGAAAGAGAAAUGGGAAAGAAGAGAAAUGCGAGCACAAUGGACGACGUUGAUCGAUUGUUCGAAUGUUUCAAGUGUGGCAUCUCUCCUCCUCAAUCUGCUGUAAGGGAAAGGAAAGGGUGCAGAAGCAAGAUGAACCAAGGAAAUUCAACCAGAAAGGUCUCCGCGUCACCUUGUUCGCCUUCCCUGUCGGAACAAAGAAAGGCAACUGCAACCAGUGAACAACUCUCUGUCGAGAAGUGUGUUUCAACAGCAGUUCAGCCAGGAAAAUUUAGCCGUGGGAAACAGUUCUCGCCAGUUAUAUUUUAUGGGUCUCCACAUGGCGUUCCUCCAAAAAGACCAUUGAGUUUGCUGCGCUUGUUACGUGAAAUUCACAUUGAUCUCAGUGAACAAGAAAAAUUGAAUUUAAGAACACAAGUAUGGGCUACAUUUCCAAGACAGGAUGAAGCAGUAAAGUUUGCUAAAGUACAUGCAAAUGCACAUGUUUUUAGUUAUCAAGAUCACUAUAGUGGACAAAGAAGAUAUCUUGCUUCUACAUAUGAGGAGUUCUGGAAGAGGUACAAAAUAAUGGAAUCAAAACUUCGCCAUCACUAUGAAGUGAUUCAGGAGAGUUUCCCGUGCCACUUGUACUUUGAUUUGGAGUUCAAUAAGAGAGACAAUUUGGGAAGGGAUGGAGAUGAAAUGGUUGAUCUCUUGAUUUCUGUCAUUCUAGAGGCCUUACUUGAAAAAUACUCUAUCAAUGGAAAUCAGGAUUGGGUGGUGGAGCUUGAUUCCUCUACUGAAGAGAAGUUUUCUCGCCAUUUGAUCAUGCGGAUGCCAAAGACUGCUUUUAAGGACAACUCACAUGUGGGUGCAUUUGUUGCAGAGAUAUGCUCACGCAUAGCAAGUGCAAAGGAAACGGAUGAAAGAUUUGAAAAGUUAUAUGUAAAAAAAGAUUCAACCUCUGAUUCACCUGACCAACUUUUUGUGGACACUGCUGUCUAUUCUAGAAAUCGUUGCUUUCGCCUGGCUCUAUCAUCUAAGGCAGGAAAGAAUUCCUUCCUCUUACCUACUGGGCGUUUCAAAUGUAAGGACAUGGGUGAGGAGGACAUGUUCAUGACAUCCUUGAUUUGCAAAAUGGAUGAUGACUGUGCGAAGCUUUUGGUCUGCAAAAUGGAACUAGAUUGUGUGAAGACUCUGCAGUUUGAGACAGAGGUAACUAGUAAUUUUGGAAGAUAUUGCAGAGCUCCAGAAAACACUGGCAUUAGUGAUGUUUCUACAACAUACCAAACGGGAAAGUCACCCUUCCCUUAUUUGGAUGAAUUUAUAGUAUCGAUUGCCUCCACCGGCAAUGUACCAGGGAAAAUACGCUGCUGGUAUUGGUUCUCUGAAUACGGAUUAGUCAUCUACAGCAUGUUGAGAAAUCGAUACUGUGAACGAAUUGGUAGAGAGCAUAAGAGCAAUCAUGUUAUGUAUGUUGUUGAUAUGAGAAGGGCAGCUUAUUACCAGAAGUGUUACGAUCCCGAUUGCAAAGGUUACCGAUCUCCCCUACGUCCAAUCCCGACAGAUUGCGUUCCUGAUUCUUCAUUUUUCUUUGAUUCAAGUGAUGACGGUUCGUUUACAAGUAACAAUCUUGAAUACCGAUAUGUCAACAAUGACGAAGGUAGAGUUUUGCUUUACAGUAACGAAGGUGAUUUAGACUACUGUACUAAAGAUUCAUGGUGGCUUGAAGCUAUAAAAGUUGCAGACCAUAUCGAAAGUAAGCCGGAAAGAUUAAUGCUUGAUGACACGGAGAAUAUGAAUGACGAAGAUGAUGAGUGGUGGAUGGCAGCGGAAAGGACUGCAACACAGUUUGAACUUACGCACUCGGGUUAAUUUAAGGAUUAAAAGUACAUAGUUGAUAAAAUAUUCAUGUCUAACACAUUCGAAUACAUAGCUCGAAUUUUACCAAAUUGAUUGUAAAUUGUAAUUGUACAUACAUAUUUAGAUAGUUAUAACACCAUCCAUAAGAGGUAGAGUCGUGAGACUAAGAAAAGUUCUUUCUUUUUUUCCUUUGAUAUUUGUAAAAUUAUGUUGGAAGUGAGAUAUUUGUGAACUAGAUAAGUUGAUGCCCAUUAUUUAAGUGAAAUUAUAUA